AUGUGCUGUAUCCGCCUAUUUCAGACACCUGGCACAAUUCUAGCUCAGUUGAACGAGUAUCGUGAGACACUAUAUAUUAUAUUCGGAAUCACUUGCCUCGUUUCAUGGCUUUGUUUCAAUUUAUGGGCGUUACGUGAGUUUUUCUGUCCCACAAUAUUUUCUUCUGCCAAUUCCUCCACAUCACGUCGUCAUAACACUCCGGAAGAUCGUCUCACUCGAAUCAAAAUGCAAUACAUAUCCAGUGGCCGUUUGCUCACAAACCUGACAGCCUCAGCAAGUGCCACUCUCUCCCAUGCAAAUCGUCGAGCUUCACUGCCCACAGAUUUUCAGAAUUUGGAAGUUUUUGUGGUUUAA